CGAAGAAAAAUUUUAGGAGGGGAAUGGGAACAACCGUGAACAGCCGAUGCCUGAAGUAAGUGUUCUUUUUGAAGCGCUCGAAGUAAUCUAUCGCUCUCCAAAAAAGGUUGACUCUCCUUGUCCAAAAUCCCUUCAGUUCUACAAGAGUGCGAAAGUAGUGCAAUAGCUCGUCUAGGUCUGCUCCUUAGAGACAAAGCACCAUGGAUACUGUUACUGUGGAAUCCUCCAACAAUGUAGCAUUAAAUUCCAGUACCCCACCUCUUCUAACGACGAAGAAAGCAGAAGAAAUCACCGUACGCAUGAUCGACAACAACAACAACCAGAGCAAUCACCAACUGGCGACGAUCCACGACAAAAUCCUCAUUCUCAAGGUCCCUGCUGGUCCAGAGGAACCUCCCAAGAAGCGACCAGCUAGCGAAGCAUCCUCUUCUCUUCCUACCAAAAAGGCCCGCUUUGUGCUGGUAGCUCCCAUUGGACCGGCUGGUGCCCAACGAACGGUCCACUUUGAGCUUGAAGCCGACGGAGUCAAGACUCGUGUCCGCGUCUUUAACCGGGUCGAAGCGUCCGAGACUCCCGAUUGUUGGUGGUCUCCUUCCGAAAUGGGCGAAAUCCAGGCUCGAGAGAAAUCGGCUGUUUCCGUCAUGUCGUUUUGCUGUGAACAUUACACCUCCCAAGUCUUGAGCGUCCUCAAGGAAGCGCACAACACCAUCAAGGGAAUGGAUUCGGAUUCUACCGUAGCCUCACCCGAGUCUGUGUGGGUCGCAAACAGUCCGGCCAGGGGAUUGGAACGAGAUAUCGUACAAGGAUUCAAGCAACGCAAACGAAAAGUCAUUCGAAAAGUGUUGGAAUCUCAACGUGUGUUACAACAAGGACGGCAUUGUGAAACGGGAGAAGCGCCUCCUCUCGAAGUCCAGAGCAAUAUUUUGAGCACUCAAUACCGACGUUGGUCCUAUCCAAUGACUCGGUUUGCUCAAGUGUUAGCUGAGGGAGAUGCUCAAGUGGUGGUCGAUAAUAACAAUGGCGGCGCUGGAAGCACUGAUCCUGCGGGCCUUCCUCCCUUGGAAGCAUUUUGAGCUUGUACUAUUGUUCCCUCUCUGCGGGGCUUAUUUGCAGUUGUUUGGGCUGGCGGGCAUCAUCGUUGCGCGUUCGUUACGUACAUAUUUCCCUCUGUAAACUAAAAUUAUACACCGCACGUCUUUCUUUAC